AAAUCCUAUACGUUCAUGGAGUACUGGAUCAGAGCUACUUUGUAUUUGUUUACAUGCUUGCACAAAUAAUUAUGACUUCUUGAAGUAGAAUUAUAAUUUAAAUCGGACAACGGAAUAUUAAGGGCGAUGAAAAAAUAUUUCCGAUAGUAUCGCGAUAGUAACCACCAUUCAACGAUAGUAGUGACAAAUUAUAACUAUCGAUAAUAUCGAUAGUUUUGCAGAACUAUUGCAAAAGUUAUAUUUCAGUUUUUCAGUAAAAGUAGUUUUUCUUGGCAGUUUUUCCCUUUUUUUGUGUAAUAUAUUGAAUUGUGUAUUCCCAUAAGCUCUUAAACAUCAAUACAUAAAGCUCAACUGUAAAAUUUCUGAUUUAAAAUGAGUUCGGAUAGUGAUGACGAUGGCUCGACUGGCCGUGGUGGAGGAGGCUCUGCUGAUAGUUGCGCCGGCGGAGGCUUUGGAUUCGAUUUAACCGGAAUUCUUUUUGGAAAUAUAGACUCUGAAGGAAAGUUGGUGGAUGAUGAUAACGGCAAUCCCUUCGAUCCAGAAUUUCGUGAACACAUCAGUUCACUGUCCAAAUUGGGACUGAAUUCAAUGCUAAAUGAAGUAAUAGAGACUGAAAAGGAUGAACUAGACGAAGCAGAUCCACCUAAACACCCAAUGAGUGAUUUUGACGCAUUGAAGGCAGGGUUUUCAAGCACUGAUGGUAAUGAAGCUGAUAACGAGGACGAUGGUGAAAUUGUGAAGCAUGAUAAUGCUAUCGACUACUCAGACAUUAAUGAGCUUUCCGAAGAUUGCCCAAGGACGCCGCCCCCAAAUGAUACAAACAUGCUUGAAGAUCUAGAGGAUGCAAUACCCGCUACAAAAGUCGAGACUUCAAGUCUCACCAAAGAUGAUAAGGAAUUGAUGCCCCCUCCUCUCGCACCGAUUCGCAGUGUAUCAACUAGCAGCAAUAAUGUAGAUGGAUCAGUUAAAGCAAAUGGUUCCGAUAGUUUGAAUUCAGAAACAAAAUCAGGGAAACCUACAGAACGCAAGUUGGAUACACCCUUAGCAGAUAUGCUCCCAUCUAAAUAUGCCAAUGUGGACGUGAGAGAAUUGUUUCCAGACUUUCGACCUGAUAAAGUGUUGCGCUUUUCCCGACUUUUCGGGCCAGGAAAGCCGUCAAGUUUACCACAGAUUUGGCGCAGCGUUAAAAAAAGGAGGCGGCGCAGAAAGCAUUCUAGGGACCAGAAAAACCCAAACGCUGGAUCUGACUCCACGAGUGAUUCAGAGGAGCCGAAGAAAAAAGGGUUUGGUCUUCAUUAUGGUCUCGACGCAAUGCCUUACCAAUGUAUGUCCGACGAUGAAGAUAAAUUACUAAGUAUUACAAACAGUGAAGAUGUAAAACCCGAAGGACCAGAAAGUGGAGAAAAUAACGAAAAUAAACCAAAAAUCGCUGACUGGCGUUAUGGACCCGCUCAGAUCUGGUACGACAUGUUAGAUGUACCAGAUUCUGGGGAAGGUUUCAAUUACGGUUUUAAAAAUAAGCACAUGACUUCACAAAAGGGAGGUGUAUCCGACAGUCAAGCAGUAGUUCCAGUCGAAGACGAUAUAGAAAUAAAGGGUGAACCGAUAGCAGAUGAUGCGUUUUUGAUGGUUUCACAACUGCAUUGGGAAGAUGAGGUUGUAUGGGAUGGCAACGAUAUUAAAGCAAAGGUGUUGCAAAAACUAAAUUCAAAAACAAUCGCCGCUGGCUGGCUGCCAUCGAGCGGAUCACGCACUGCUGGUGCAUUCAGUCAGCCUGGCAAAACAAUGCCCGUGUCGGGAAACACACAGGGCGGCAAACAAGGUAGUGGUGGCACCUCUUCUAGCAAGAAAGCUAGUCAAAUAAUGCAAAGUAAGCCACCAGAAGCUGUUGACGAUACGUGGUAUAGCAUUUUCCCUGUUGAGAAUGAAGAAUUGAUUUAUGGAAAAUGGGAAGAUGAAAUCAUUUGGGAUGCUGAACAGAUGACUAAAGUACCAAAACCUAAGGUACUUACACUUGAUCCAAACGAUGAGAACAUCAUUCUUGGCAUACCCGAUGAUAUCGAUCCAUCCAAAAUCAGCAAAAAUACGGGUCCUCCACCGAAAAUUAAAAUACCACAUCCACAUGUUAAGAAAUCAAAGAUCUUGUUAGGCAAAGCAGGCGUUAUUAACGUCCUAGCAGAAGAUACUCCACCGCCACCACCGAAGAGCCCAGAUCGUGAUCCAUUUAACAUUUCGAAUGAUUCCUAUUACCAGCCGAAAACUGAACCAACAUUGCGUCUUAAAGUGGGUGGUGGCAAUUUGAUACAACAUUCCACGCCAGUUGUUGAAUUGCGUUCUCCAUUUAUACCGACUUAUAUGGGCCCGAUGAAAUUGCGUGCUUUCCACCGUCCGCCACUGAAACGUUUCUCCCAUGGUCCAUUGGCGUCGCCAGGACCGCAUGCCGUGCUCCCAUUGCUGAAGUAUAUAGCCAAAAAGGCUAAACAACGCGAACUUGAGCGCAUCGCUUCCGGCGGCGGAGAUGUGUUCUUUAUGCGCAAUCCUGAGGACUUGAGCGGCAAAGACGGCGACAUAAUUUUGUGCGAAUUUUGUGAAGAACAUCCACCGUUGAUGAACCAAGUUGGUAUGUGUUCCAAAAUCAAAAACUACUACAAACGAAAAGCGGCGAAGGAUAAUGGACCUCAGGACUUUAAAUACGGUGAAGUCGCAUUUGCUCACACCAGUCCGUUUUUGGGAAUACUGCACCCUGGUCAUUGUAUACAAGCGCUAGAAAAUAAUAUGUAUCGUGCACCGAUCUAUCCACACAAUAUUAAUCCAACAGACUUCCUUGUGAUUCGUAACCGGAGCAAUUAUUGGAUACGAGCUGUGAACGCGUUGUUUACCGUAGGGCAAGAAUGCCCGAUUUACGAGGUACCCGGUCCUAAUUCGAAGCGCGCAAAUAAUUUUACAAGGGACUUUUUGCAGGUAUUCAUUUACCGGCUAUUUUGGAAGAGUCGUGAUAAUCCGCGACGCAUACGCAUGGAUGACAUUAAGCGUGCGUUUCCAGCACACUCAGAAAGCAGCAUACGUAAACGCUUGAAGCAAUGUGCUGAUUUUAAGCGUACCGGAAUGGACUCCAAUUGGUGGGUUAUCAAGCCGGAAUUUCGGUUGCCGUCUGAGGAAGAAAUACGGGCAAUGGUCUCACCGGAACAAUGCUGCGCGUUCUUCAGCAUGAUUGCAGCCGAACAACGUUUGAAAGAUGCUGGCUAUGGCGAAAAAUUUUUAUUCGCGCCACAAGAAGAUGACGACGAAGAAGCACAGUUGAAGUUGGACGAUGAAGUUAAGGUAGCCCCAUGGAAUACCACCCGUGCCUACAUUCAAGCCAUGCGUGGUAAAUGUCUGCUACAAUUAACGGGACCAGCUGACCCAACAGGGUGCGGUGAAGGGUUUUCGUACGUGCGCGUGCCGAAUAAGCCAACACAAACUAAAGAAGAGCAAGAGUCACAGCCAAAGCGUACAGUCACUGGCACAGACGCUGAUUUGCGUCGUCUUCCAUUGCAACGCGCAAAAGAAUUGCUUCGAAAAUUCAAAGUUCCUGAAGAAGAGAUUAGGAAGUUGUCUCGUUGGGAGGUUAUUGACGUAGUGCGAACACUUUCUACCGAGAAAGCCAAAGCUGGCGAGCAAGGUAUGGAUAAGUUUUCACGUGGCAAUCGUUUCUCUAUUGCAGAACAUCAGGAACGUUACAAAGAGGAAUGUCAGCGUAUUUUUGAUUUACAAAACCGUGUUUUGGCCAGUUCAGAGGUGCUUUCCACCGAUGAGGAUGAGUCCUCGGCAUCUGAGGAAUCGGAUCUUGAAGAACUGGGCAAAAAUUUAGAAAAUAUGCUCUCAAAUAAAAAGACAUCCACACAACUAUCACUAGAACGCGAAGAGCAAGAGCGUGAAGAGCUGUUGAAAAAAAUCAUGGAAGAUCAAGAGGGUGGAAAGGCCGGUAAAUCAAAAGAUGGUAAAGAUGAAAAUUCACAGCAGCCAGUUGCGAAUCCAAAUCAGGGUCGUAUACUUAAGAUAACACGCACGUUCAAGGAUCACGAGGGAAAGGAGUAUACGCGGGUUGAAAUUGUGCGCCGCCAACCAAUUAUCGACGCAUAUGUGAAAAUACGCACCACAAAGGACGAACAGUUUAUCAAACAAUUUGCCACAUUAGAUGAACAGCAAAAGGAAGAAAUGAAGCGCGAGAAACGUCGCAUACAGGAACAACUGCGGCGCAUCAAACGAAAUCAAGAACGGGAGCGUCUUGCACUCCUAGCUCAAAAUCAAAAGCUUCAGCCCGGUGGUAUGCCGACUUCGCUAGGUGAUCCGAAAUCAUCUACUGGUUCUUCGCAUAAAGAACGUGAUACACCUCACAAAGAAGUCAGUCCUUCACGAAAGAAGUUUAAAUUGAAGCCAGAUUUGAAGUUGAAAUGUGGUGCCUGCGGACAGGUUGGUCACAUGCGUACUAAUAAGGCAUGCCCACUCUAUACUGGUUUGCAAGGUCCUUCGAAUUCUACCAGUGCUGCCGUCUCUGAAGAACAAGAGGAGGAGAUCGAUAAGGAGGUCAAUUGCGAGGACGACGAUUUAGUAAAUGUGGAUGGCACGAAGGUUACAUUAAGCAGCAAGUUGCUUAAGCGUCAUGAGGACGUUCGUCGGCGCACACUAUUAUUAAAAGUACCAAAAGAAGGAGUGGGUAAAAAAAAGCGGCGCAUGGCGGGUGACUUACACUGCGAUUACCUGCAGCGCCAAAAUAAGACUGCAAAUCGUCGUCGCACAGAUCCGGUCGUUGUUUUGUCCUCAAUUCUUGAAGAGAUACUCAAUGAGCUGCGUUCGAUUCCCGAUGUGACACCAUUCCUCUUUCCUGUUAACGCCAAGCUUGUGCCCGACUAUUACCGUAUCGUCACGAAACCAAUGGACCUGCAAACGAUGCGAGACUACAUACGUCAAAGACGCUAUCAUAAUCGUGAGGAAUUUCUAGCCGAUCUCAAUCAGAUAGUCGAAAACUCGACCCUUUAUAACGGAGCGCGCAGCUCUUUCACAGUUGCAGCCCAACGCAUGUUGCAAAGCUGUUUCGAGCUAUUGGCUGAGAAAGAGGAUAAAUUGAUGCGUUUGGAGAAAGCUAUAAAUCCACUGCUGGAUGAUGAUGAUCAGGUCGCACUGUCGUUCAUAUUUGAACAGCUACAUGGCAAGAUCAAGUUAAUGCAAGAGAGCUGGCCAUUCUUGAAGCCUGUUAAUAAAAAACAAGUCCGUGACUACUACACAGUUAUUAAACGGCCAAUGGACUUGGAAUCGAUUGGCAAAAAUGUAGAAGCCCAUCGUUACCAUUCCAGAGCUGAAUUCUUGAUGGACAUUGAAUUGAUUGCGUCCAACUGUGAGCAGUAUAAUGGCAGUGAAUCGCGUUUCACCAAAAAUGCAAAAGUUAUACUUAACUACGCGCGCACACAGUUGGAAGAGUUCUCCGAGCAUUGUGCACAGCUCGAACAAAACAUUAGCAAAGUACAAGAGCGUGCUCGUGCCGAUGCUGAGUUGGAUGACACUUGGUGCGGAGAUGAUCAAGACUAUGACUUUCCACAUCGAACGAGUCGUUCGAGUACACCCGAAAACGAUUUUAUCGAUGUCGAAGGUAAUGAGCGACCAACAACAUCAGCUGUGGCAUCAGCAUCAUCUUCAGCAUUGCAUCGUAGCUUUGUUGGUGGCAUUACAAUACCAGCACCUACACAACCAGGUGGCAGCGUGGAUAUGGCACCGCCGCCAUCUGAUGUUAAGCGUGGGCGUGGACGUCCGCGUAAACAACGGGACACGGUAGAGGAGGUCAAAGUAAAUGCGAGCGCUGUUAAACGUGGGCGUGGCCGACCCCGCAAGGACAGCCUAGCCUCAAAUAUAAGUAACCCACAAAAUUCCUUUUUGGAAGAAGACUUGCAGUGUUCAACGGAUGAUGAAGAGUUCCAGGAAGUAUCAGAAGAUGAAAAUAAUGCAGCCAACAUACUCGAUCAAGGCGAACGCAUGCAAGCAAAUAGCUGCGGUUUGGAAUCUGCCGGAGUGCUUGGAGUCGACCAAAUAGAUGUGUCACAUAUAAAAACCGAGAUGAAAAUUGAGCCGCCCCAACUUGCUAAUGGUGGGUAAAUUUGCCUAGUGUUUUAAUAUUAGGUACAUACUAUUU